AUGGGAAAUGCAUCAACUCCUCAAUUAAACAGCACAGCUGUAUUGGGUACGGUUGUCCCAACACUGAGCAGUAUUAUUUCAACAAGUACUGACAUUUUAUCAGAAAGUUCUGCUCCGACUUUGAUCUCUGUUGUUCCGUCACUGAGCUCUACCAUUUUUCCAUUCAGCACUGUCAAUUUGUCAAUAAGCAGUACUGUUCCAAUAUUGAACUCUUCUAUUCCAAUGAUGACUAGCAUUGAGGGAUCUGCAAACAGUAUCGUUUCCUUUGUGACACCAUCUUCGCUACCAAGUUCUUUGAUUCUGCCAUCAAGCAGUUUGGUGUCAUCAGCAAGUUCUGUGAGGAUAAACAUGACAUCCGUCAUCCACAUUGCAAGUUCCUCCAUACAGAUGAAUGUCACAACUGCAUCUGUUGUGCUGUCGUUGACAUCUUCACCUAUUGCAACAAGUGCUAACUCAACACAGACAAGGUAAGAAACAUCAUCAAGACCUGGGGGGGGGGGGGGGGGGGGGGGGCCACUAUUUAUGGUCUUGGUGAGUAGGAGCGGUUUGUUUCGCACAGGGGGGUGUUUUUAAGCGCUGAUGUGGCACCCGUGAAAUUAUGUUCACUGAUGGCGCAAGAAUUGUAGGAAGUUACGAAUGGUUUUGGUUAUGUGUUGCCCGGUUUUGGUGUAAUGGGGUUGAGACAAGACAAAGUGUGUAAGCAACAGAGGUAAUAACAUAUAUCAUACGACACAAGAAAACAGAUCUAGGACAAAAACUAAUAACACACACAACACAGCCCACCCACAAACACCAAACCAUACCACCCAAAAUAGAGAAAUACACCAACGUUUCUGUGUUGCCCUAAAGCAACUACACAAAACUAAAAAAAAAAGCAAAACCAAAAAACGAAAAAAAGAAAAAGAAGUGCGGCGGGGGGGGGGGGGGGGGGGGGGGGCCUCCCUUAUAUGAGCUAUGUUAUUAGGUAUGUUUUGUUGCCCCAAAGGAUGGUUUUUGAACUGUCUGGUUUGCAAACAGGUCUAGAUUUUGCCCAUUGUGGUCUGCAAUUUCGAGGGAACCAUGAGUGCAUAUAAAUACAUUUUUCGUUUCAGCUAUAAAUAAAUGAAACAGUUAAGUGUCAAAAUUAAUACAAAAACUGCUAAAUGAUAAAAACGCUUGAACAGUAAGUUAACUUCGUUUUAACAAGGUAAUGGAUUGAUAAACCGAGCACAACGUUCAGGAAGCCAGCUCUGAAAAUGGGUGGGGAAAACGGCACGUUUUGGCCUUAAAUAGGAUCAGGAUUUGGAGAACUGAGCGGCACACCCCCACCAGGUAUUCCAAGAAGUGCCCCAUAGGAUCAAUACAUAUAUUUUAAUAAAAAGGUUUACCAGUAAUUAGCAGCCUUAGAAUGUACAUGUAAUUUCAUACUGGACAUAGCUCCAGUUAAGUUAUUUUGUUCUGUUCCCUUGUGAUUUACAAAGAGAAGAUUAUUUCACAUGUAGGUUUGUUAAAAGCUUUGACGUUUUCUUUCUGAUACUUCCAGGGAAUAGCGUGAUAUGAGAUGAAUUUAAUUUACAACCUGAAAGAAGGAUUGAGAUUUAUCUUUCUCUUAUUUUUUUUUUUAGUGUUACGAUUUCAGUGGAUACAACCACCGGUAAGUUUACCUUGCAUCUUUAGUUGUUUUUAAAGUAACAUUCACUCCAUUCAUACAAUCUAUUCUGACUGGCUUAACACGUUAAUUUCUAGACAUCAUCAACAGCUACAAAAAUAGGAUUUACAUUUUGCCAUUAUAAAUUAUACAAUGUACAAUCAUCGUGCGUUACUAGGGACACCUUCAGGAUACUCGUUGAGUUUUUUAUUUUAGUCAAAUUUCUGUAAUUUAUUUUUCUCACGUUAAACUGAGAUUUUCUUUGACUCCUAUAAAUAAUUAAGGCUACUAACAAUCUGUUCAAGUUGUCUUUCAGCAGCAUGAUGUAAUUAAAAAUUAUAACAUGUUCAAAUGAGGCCUUAACCUGCUGUCCAUUUUAAAAAAAAUAUAAAAAUCCAAGCUUUUGCCAAUGCCGUUGUUCAGUGUAAGCUUGAAUUUUUUAAAAAAAAAAACGGACAGCAGUUUAAGGCCUCAUCUGAACAUUUUAAUUCUUAACUAACACUACAAUAAAAGAAAAUUCUGAAUCAAACUAGGUUGAAUGCCAUUUACUGGUUAAAUACAGUCAGUCAGAUUCUUUACUUAUGUAAACCCUGUCACUGAGGAUGGCACCUAAAUCCCCAGCAACAUAUUUUACCUUAAAGGCUCUUGAGUUUUUUUUGCUCUAUUUUCAAAUUGCACUCACAAUAGUGUUAACCAUUAUUAACUUACUAAUCUUUUCUCAGACAGAGUUUCAAGAAUAUUAAUAAUGAUGAUGAUGAUGAUGAUAAUUUGGAGUUUCAUCUAAAUCAUUUUAACUUUUUUGUGCUGAUAAAUGAAAACUGCUAAAAAAUAUUGUUGCAUAAUCAGUCGUCAUAAAACGUGAAUAUCUAAACCUAUUUUUUUAAGUCAAUCAUUGGGAUAAAAUCGAAACGUUUUGACAGUGACGCAAAUUAACACAUUUGCUCUCCUCUUCUUUCUUAGUUAAUCUUCUUAAGUCCAGCAGAUGCUGCUAUCAUUAACCACUCUCUGAAACGAAACAUGACGGUUCUCUCUCUUCUUUAUUCAUAACUUAGUCAUUUCUUUUAAAGUACUUCUCGACUUUUUGACACCCACUUUGAAUUCAUUUGCACAAACACCUCACAUGUGUUUUUUUUAUUUUUUUGCUUUUUGUUCAAACGAGAUCUGAAGACUUACCAUUUACUCCUAGCUUGGAGUGUGGAAGAACUGUCGUUUGCCAAGCAAGAGGCGACAGAAUGUAACUGUUAUUCAGCCAAAAAAUCUUCAAUUUGUUUGUUUGAUUUCUUUUGCUUUUUUUUAACAAAUUCUAAAGUUUUCAGUGUUAAUACAUCCUUAUCUGUUCAGCGGCGUCAGGAAAAAAUGAGUACGUCUUCAUGACAAACGUCACGAAUUAUUUGCAUGGAAUGCUCACUGCAUGGAUUUUAUGGAAGGACUUCUCAAUUCCAGUAAUGCUUUAAGUAUUUUAUUAUUUACGAUACUAUUUCACACUUGCCCUCCACAGCCAAGAGAUCAACAUUAGGGAAUUCAACGUCUGUAAUCGAUAGAUCACUGCUUGGAACUUCUGCAUUUUCAUCGACAAGGACUCGUGGAAGCCGAACAUUUUCGAGUAUUCUGGCUGCCAAUGGAACUGUAAUCGCUACUACCUCGACUGGGCUUAAUCAAUCUUUUGUCAACAUUACAGCAACCCCUGUUGUUUCAAUAAGUACUUUUCAGAUUGCAAGCACGCAAAACAUGGUAAAGAUAUCAAGUUCUUUUUCUGCUACCACGCCCUCCAGCCCUGUGUCAAGUUUUGAAGUUAACUUGAAUUCCACCGCGAUCUCAAGACCUCAAGAGUUUUCAACAAGGGACAUACCGUUAAAUUCGUCUGCCUUAACUCAAGUGGUUUUGUCGAGAACAAGAUCUUCAUCUGUGUUGUUGAUCACUACUGGUGCCUCAUUAAACUCGACAUCCGCAGCCACACGGCUAACAACGACGAUAUCCAACAGCAGCGGAACAUUUAUAACACCAAGAGUGACUCUAAGCGUUGCACGGAGCUCAGCCGAGUUCAGUUCAAGUUUGGUAACCUCUCCUACGAUAUCACAAACUUCAAUGACUUCUGUUGACACAAGAAGAACUUUAAAGACCAGCAUGAGCUCACAAAAUUCUACCUCGAUGCUGAGACUAAGCAGUGACGUUUCUCCAGAAUUUGUAAGUACUCUUGUUGCAAGCUCAUCAUCUGAACAGGGGAAUUCUUCAUUGAAAAUAAGCGGCUCUACCACAGUGUCCACUUCAACGGUCACAGGAAUACCAACCGUAACCAUGGCGAGAUCAACCAGUGUGUCCAAUCCUUCCAGCUUUACCAGACAAGUGUCAUCAAGCCUCAUUGGUACAUCUUUAUUCACAAGAAGCACAUUGGAGACAGACUUGAAAACAUCUUCUAGAACACGUACAGCCGCACUUAGUACACUAUCACCUCACUUAAGCAGUAGGCUUACCACCAGGAUACUCAGUACUGUACAGCUUAGUUCCACAGGCACAUCAGUCAACAGGACCAUUACAAGUAUUAAAGAAACCACUGGUAAGAUUUCAGUUUGUUCGCACCACGAAAGCACAUUAAAUUUGUCCACGCACUUAGCACUUACGUUUCUAUUGCGCCAAGGCACUAGUAAAUUAUUUAAUGUUUUCAUCCAGACGUGGUAUUAAUGUGGCUUUUUGGGUUUCAAGAUCUUAAAAUUUUUAUAAAUUCUUUUGACUUCUUUUUUUCUGACGUUCAUUCUCAUGUGUGGUGCUGUUGACACGUUUCCAACGUGCUUAUCUUUUCUUUCUUCCUUCCACUUGAAUUCACUUGGAUUUGCUUGACCUUUUAUUGUUGUUCCUAAGGGAUUGCUAGCCAGGUUAUAUAUUCUAAGCAACGUAUUGUGUGUUAAUUCUGUGGCAGUGAGAUCCAAUUCUUAUAUGACGGUUGCGCAGUGGACUAGAGAGCGUUGGUCCCCUACCAGUGUGAUCUGGAUUCGAGUACCGGCGUUGGCGAGAUUGUUGUUGAUUUUCUUCUCCUCUGCGAAUUUUUUUUCCGGGUACUACGGUUUUUCCCCUCUCCCAAAAAUUAACAUUCCCAAGUUCCAGUUCGAUCUGGAAAAAGUGUCUUCAGGUAAUUGAGGACACUCAGUGGGUCACAGAUUUAACAGUUCUUGGAGCUGUCAGAUGUCACCCUCUCUAAAUAACGUAAUUUUUAUAUGGUUUUGUUUUGCGUUACACUUUGUAAUUUCGCGUGUUCUUAUCCCAAGGUGCAAUUACUCUCCUGUCACGCAACAACACAACACGAUUGAUGACCCUUGACAGAACCUUAGUGAUAACCUCGUCUAUUGCACCGACUGUUGGAUCAAGGUUGACCACUGUUAGAUUUUCUUCCUCCCUCAUUAGAAGUAGUGUUGUUACAGUGAGUAACAUGUCCACUGUAACGCCUUUAGUCACGCAAGAAAGCAGCACAGCUUCACAGUUCACACCUGCUAGUCCUGUAGAAACAUCUUUGAUCCCAAUUGCCACGGAAGUCAGUAGUUUAGCGGCCACAAACUUGGUAAGAAGCUCAGUAAUAACUGGAGCAAACAGCUCAAAAGUGACCGAGAUUAGUAGACUUCUCACGCACAGGACAUCAAUGUCUCGUAGCGUAACACCAGUAACGCCAUCUUCCUUUGCACUGCAAUCACCAAGUGUUGAAUCGACACAAGGAAGGUCAUCUUUAAAAAGCACUUUUGUGACAUCUGCCGUUUUCAUAAGAGAGACGAUAAGUGUUAAAUCUAUUGCUAAACCAAGCGUCACUUCAGGCAUUCAGACUUCUGCCACAACAACGUCCAGUAGAAAAUCUAAGAUGACAUUCAUAAGCGUUUCGCCAAGCGUGACAUCUAGUGCUUUCAAGAUGGUCACUUCAACUAUGCAAGCAAGUUUUUCAGCAGUUCUUACAAAACUUUCUUCAGCUAGCUCCAUAGCAUUCACCUUGGCAAGUUCUAAGCCACAUGCGUCAUCUUUAAGUGCGUCGUCAAGAAGAGAUGAGUCAAGCGCGAUAUCAAGUCCGAUCAGUAACAUGACUGUCCAGAUCAUAGUCACGACUCUACUUUCCAAAAAAUCUUCAGCCACUUUUGUAGCAUUUACUUCCAGCGCUGAGUCACAAACGCCAUAUCUAAGCGUGACAUCAAGAUUGCCAAAUACCGUGACGUUUUUGUUGACACCAGGUUUGUCUUCUGUGAUGAAGAGUUCGACCUCUAGCCUCAGAGCUAGUGUCACGACAUCCCUUUUAUCCAGUGUUUCCUUUGCUGCUGAGUCAUUGUCCUCGCGGACUGCGUUAUCAGUUGAAAGUUCUACUUUUGCAAGCUUAACCAGUAAUUUGAGUAGUUCAAGAGCUUCAACAGCUUUGUAUAAAACAAGCCUUAUGACAGGAGUUCCCUCUUCAAGAUUCAGCCAAGUUUCAGCAAGUGUUAUUUUGCAGCGUCCUUCGCCUUCAAGACUUUCCACAAGUAGCCCAACGUCUUCUGUUAAAUUUACAUCUACGAUAUCACCUGUGGUAUCGGCAAAAUCCUCGCUUGUAAGCCGCAUGUCAACACCGUACUUGAGUACUUUUGCUUCACGUAAGUCAGACAUUAUCUUUAACAGCUCUUUUAAGAGCUCCAUUUCGCUUAGUUUCAUUACAUCCGGGUCAUUCAUUGACACAGCCUCGCUUUCCUUGUCACGCACCAUCGUCACACCUUUCAUUUCAUGUCUUCUUUCCUUCAAGUCACAGAAUGUCACGUCAUCCUUACCCUUCUCCACCCCAUUUCGGAGUCUUUCGCUUUCCGUCUUUGUUACAUCUUCAUCCUCCAGAAAAGUUAAAUCCUCACUUUCGCUUGCGUCUGCUCAAGACCUUUCUUCAAACUUUAUCUCACUUUCGCAGGUAUGGCAUUUCUCAAAAACUUUCUCUUUAGGCACCCACACGGCCUCCAUACAACCGAUUGUUUCAAGCCAAAGUCCCGGAGCUUUUUCGUUUACUUUUAUUUCUUUACCUAGUAAAUUUCCAACUGUGGUUUUAGCUACAACAUAUUCCUUCCAAAAUUCCCUAUUUUCCAAACAUUCUAGUACUUAUACUAGCAUUUCUCAAACUGUGGUUUUAGCUACAAAAUAUCAAUCUACACAAACAAGCUUUUCCAAGUCUCUUGUUUUUUCCUCCAUUUUAGGUACUUUUUCAUCCAACUUCACUCGGAAUGUAACGCCAACAGAUUCCUCCGUGACACUUAGCAUCACGCCAUCUUCAUCUGUCAUCAUACCAACCACCGCGCCCGCCAAUUCUCCACCGCGUCUUUACAACAACAUGGGGCGGGUAAGCGCGCCCGCGGAUAAAGCCUUAUACUACACCAUACCUGAUGACACAUUUUACGACGCCGAAGACCAAGCGACUACACGUGGGUUGUCACUUUCGGUUUCCUUUGCCAACGGGACGAGCAUUCCGACAGACUACUGGCUGCAGUUUGAUAACACGAGUCAAACCAUCUACGGACUACCACUUAGCGAGCAUGUGCCAGGUGGGGUAACCGGUGAAGGGUUCUUACUGCGGGCUCAGGAUAGCCAGGGUGCGGAUGCCCUUGACGCGUUCGAAGUCUUUGUGGUUCCGUCUGAGAAACCGAUUGUACAGGAGCUGAAGAUUAGAACAACGAACGACUUUAUUGCGUUUAGUCGCAAUGUGUCUGAAAGACUUUUGCUGCUGAAAAAGAUUGCUGAUUAUUAUGGUGACUCCGAUAGUUCGCUAAUUAGGGUAUUGAGUUUUACAUCUGGAUCAGUGGUCAUGGCCUGGACUAAUGACUCGCUACCAACAGACACGUGUGAUGUGGAGAAAGUGGACUACGUUGAGAACAAGGUGCUUCUACCCGACGGCCAGGUUACACAAGAAUUUCGGGAUGCUUUGCAGGGUUUUCCAGUUGAAAGCGCGAGUCAGCAAAGAUUGGGAGUGUGCAAUGGAACGGAUGAGGGUACUCCCUUACCACCAGGGGCGCAGUCAACGCAAGACGAAGACUUGUGGUAUAAGCACGUCCUUGUAGGCGUGCUUGUUGUAUUUGUUGUCGUGGUUUUAGCUGUGCUCCUGAUAUGGUAUAGUAGACGCCGAAGACCAAAACCAUCCAAUGAAAAACGGACUUUCAAGAAGCGUAAACCCAUAGUGCUGGGACCGGAGAUUGAACUCAAGCCGAUUCCUGGCAAACCACUUGUCCUGCCUGAUGAUGAUCCGAGUUUGCCGCCAUCGUACAUCUCAGAAACAUCACUGAACAAACCUGUUUAUUCUGACGACGAGGACGAGGCGGAUUAUGGGAAGAGAAGCCCUUCAGUCGUGUAUGAGCCGCCCCCACCUUUCCAUGCAACACUAGCAGACGACCCUCGAAACAGUCCACCGCCCGCGUAUUUUAUGCCACCAAUGUAUUAACAUUUUGAGUGAAAAUUGACCUUUAAUAGCCCACGUUUGAUAUAUCAAAAUUCUAACAUGACUCCGAGGCUUUAGGGACAAAAUUGCAAAUUUUUCAGGACUCCAUUGUCUCGCAAUUCCCAGAAGAAACUUAAGCACAAAAAAAACAAACAAAUGAUAGAAACAUGAUCAGAAUGCCUUGGAGUCAUGUUAGAAUUUUGAUAUAUCCAACGUGAGUUAGUUUUCCUUUUAAAAUUUAAUUGCGCCUGCUGGUUGGUUGGUUAUAGCUACAGAAAAAAAGGUAAAAGAAAUAAUUUAUGUCUUUCCAGCUAACACUUAAGAAAACAGCAAAGUUCUUGUGAUUUACGCUUUCGGUAGUCGCAGUUAGAGUUUUCCUCUUAUAAUGAAAAGCAAAGAGCCUUCUUGUGGGAAACGAGUGCAAAUUAAAGUUUGUUGAUCAAAUAUUUCCUUUACGACCCGGUUAAGGUAUUUAAUUUUCGUACACUUUAUCUCGUUACACUAAGUGUUCUUUUGAAUCUAAUUGUUGUGAAACGCAAGUUUUCAAGUGAUUUCCUGAUAUAAAUGCCUAGAUAACGAUAUCAAAGAUUACAACCAAUAAUUGAUUCUG